AUUUAUAUCUCAAGAGUCGAGAGAACAUUCAAAAUAUUAAUUCUGGCUUCCAGUCAAUAAUUGAGGUCCCUGCCCCUUCUUUUUUAUUCCAUAGCUUUAUGGCAAUUGCACCAAUAUUAUCAUCAACCAUGAACAACAACAACAAUGAAGACGAACAUCAAGACAGCGUGAGCAAGAAGCAAGUCUACGUGGAUAUUAAUAAUCGUGAUGAUGAUGAUAAUAAGGAGCAAUCGGAAUGUUGUGAAGACAUGGUGAUGCCCGGAUUCAGAUUCCACCCGACCGAAGAAGAACUUGUCGAGUUCUACCUUCGACGUAAGGUCGAGGGCAAACGCUUCAAUGUCGAUCUCAUCACUUUUUUAGACCUUUACCGCUAUGACCCUUGGGAGCUUCCUGCUUUGGCAGCUAUAGGGGAGAAGGAAUGGUACUUUUAUGUGCCGAGGGAUAGGAAGUAUAGAAACGGAGAUCGGCCAAACCGUGUUACGACUUCCGGUUAUUGGAAAGCGACCGGUGCCGAUAGAAUGAUCAAAAGCGAGAAUUUACGGUCAAUCGGCCUGAAAAAAACCCUUGUUUUCUACUCGGGUAAGGCCCCCAAAGGUAUAAGAACAAGUUGGAUUAUGAAUGAGUACAGAUUACCACUGCAUGAAACCGAACGCCUCCAAAAGGCGGAAAUUUCUCUAUGUCGAGUGUACAAACGAGCCGGAGUCGAAGACCACCCUUCCUUACCCCGCUCCCUACACACAACCAGAGCUUCAUCAUCAUCAUCAUCAAAACCCUCACAAAGAUACUUACCAUCACAAAACCUUCAAAAACCCGCGAACAUUAAUCAACCCCAAAACAUAAUAAGUUUCCAACCGAAUCACGGAAAAUCUCCACUACAAGACGAUGGAAUAAUAGCUGAGUCGAGCCCGAGCAGUAGCACCAACGAUCAUCACAUCAACAACCCUUUUUCCCUCCAAAACCACAAUUCUAAUUACACCACUAAUAAUAAUCCAUUAGUCCCUAUACCCUCCAUAAACCCACCUCCAAUAAUGACUUCAAUUCUAGAAAAUGAUCAAGCAAUGGCUUUGCUCCAAUCCAAACAAACCCCUAUUGAUGAUCUCCAAAAGCUAGUGAACAUUAAUAAUAAUUACUCACAACAACUCGAAAAUCCACAGUAUCUAAACAAUGGCGUCCCGAAUUUCCUUUCGCAUUUUGCCACUAAUUUGCAGCCUCAGUCUCAGAAUGCUGUGCCUGGGUCUUUGCAGGCGGCUUUUCAGGAUAGAUUGUGGGAUUGGAAUGGGAUUUCAGACGCAAGCAAAGAUUUCAACAAUCUUUUCAAGUAAAGUUGAUCACGAUUCAUGCAUGUACUUAUCUUAUAUUAGAUAGGUGCAUUUUAUUUUUGUAGCUGAUUUAGUAAUAUAUAAUAUGUGCGGCGUGCCCAAUUUAUGUUGGUAGCAUCACGUUAAUGGUCCAUUUUUAAUAUAUAGACGUGCCAAACGUGAUGUUAAUUAUGGAUUAGGGUUUGGUAUGGGCCAGUGACCUUGUUGGAUUCUCUUGUUUAAUUGAUAUUGU